AGGAAAAUAAUCAUACUGCUUUCGAAAGGCCUCGUUACUCAAUUCUUCCCAAAAAAGCAAUUUUACGAUGUCGAAAAUCAUUGCCAUAGUCGGUAUCACCGGUACCCAGGGAAUAUCAAUCGCCCAAACUUUCCUUGAAUUGCCAGAAUGGCGCGUCCGAGGCAUCACUCGCAACCCCUCCAGUGAAACAGCAUCGUCCCUCGCAGCUCAAGGCGUCGAAAUAUUCAAGGCCGAUAUCGAUGACCCAUCUUCUCUCCUCACCGCCUUCACAAGCGCAACAGCAAUUUUCUCCAACACAGAUUUCUUUUUGCACCUCCGAGCUGCCUUGGAAGCUGGAAUCCCCAACCCUAGUCAACACGCGUACGAGCUUGAAGUAGCUCAAGGAGUCAAUAUUGCUGAAGCUGCUGCUUCGACAGCUGUUCUGAAAACCUUGGAAAGUUUCAUACUUUCCUCUUUGAGUGACGCCCGGAAAUGGAGCGGUGGAAAGUACACCACGGUUUAUCACUUCGAUUCCAAAGCGGAGAUGAUUCGCGUCACCAACGAACGAUUCCCGGAACUGGCUGCGAAGAUGAGUACGGUUCAGAUAGGCCACUAUGUUUCGAAUUGGAAAGCGUUUCCGCCUAUGGCUCCACAGAAACAGGCGGAUGGGAGUUUUGUGACAUUCAGACCAACUGCGGCGAGUUUUAGAAUGCCGUUUGUGGUUACGGAAAAAGAUACGGGAGCUUUCGUUAAAGCGCUGAUUGAUCUGCCAGCUGGGAAGGAUCUUCUAGGCGUCUCGGAGACGAUGACGUGGCCAGAGUGGAUGGAGACUUGGGGAAGGAUCCAUGGGGUCAAGACUGGGUUUAAGGAGGUACCUUCAGACGAGUUCUUCAAAGACCUGCCAGAGCCGAUGGGAAAGGAGUUGGCGGAUGCUUUUGCGUAUAUGGAAGAAUUUGGGUAUGAUGGCGGAGAUCCUGAGGUGUUGACGCCUGAUAUGCUCGAUACUAAGAUUCCGUUGACGUCGAUGGAGGAGUAUAUCAAGAGUCAAGAUUGGUCUGCUGUCCUCAACUCCGAAGUAUCGUAGAUUGAUGCUAGUGUCAAAGGACUUCAGCCUCACGAGCUUCAGC